AUUUACACAUCACUCAAAUUAAUGGAGAAACAUCUUCAAACCUUAGACAUACAGUAUUAUAUCUUGGCAAAGUUAUGAUUCCUGAAAUAUAUUGACCCAAAAUGCAACAUGCAAAAUGGUUCUGAUAUAUUUAUCUUGAGCCAUUAUAGUCCAAAAAUAUUUCACACAUAAUUUUUAGCAUUCGAAGAGAUUGUUGUAAAAACUAAUAUACAAAUGUCUUAACACCACGUGACAAACAACAGACAUAAUAUAUUGUAUUAAAUUGUCAGUUAAGAUCGAACAAUUACAGCCAUACCUAAAUGUGUUCACAUUCAAUUUCUAGCAAUGGUUCUGAGUGUAUUUCAAUACUGACGUUUUUUCAGACGAAUGUAAAAGGGGAAGUGAAAGCAUGUUUAUCUAGACUGCACAGUAGCGGUUGCUUGAAAAGCAUUUAUUUUAUUGAAACUGUUGAAAUGCUCAUAAACACACAAAGUGUGGAUUAACAGUGUUGAUAAUUUGAAAUAACGUGCAGACUGAAAAUCAAUGUUUGGUGCGCAAUCAGUAUGGACAAGGUUCUUCACCUUAUGCUGAUUUUACUUCCAGCAGUUGCUCCGAAAGGAUCUCACUCUCUGUGGAUGCAUUCAACGUACAUAAAAGGACAGACUCCAUUUCCUGAAUUUAGUUUUGUACUGAUGUUGGAUGAUGUCAGAGUCAUGUACUACAAUGGUGAAACAAAAAAUGUCUUUCCAAGAGGAAACGCAACAAAUGAAGACGAUGUAUUUGAUUUAAAUGUUCUUCGCACAAUAAGUGACAAAGUGCAUUCAUCUUUUGAGGAAAAAUGGGUAGUAGCAACCCAAGAUGUAAACAAAACUGAAGUUGUUCUUGCCCUUCAGAGGAUAGUUGGGUGUGAACUGAGACAUGAUGGUAAACCAGGACAAAUGAUCACACGUGACGCUGCCAGAGGAUCCACCACUGAUGAGCUGCUAUAUGUUGACAAAAAUUUUACGUACCAGGGUACUUUGAACGUCCCAGCCUUUGUGCUAAAUAUGCAUCUUAAAAUCAGUAUGUGGAAUCACGAACAUUUAUAUCAUCCAUUCUGCAUCAAAACACUCAAGGGGUACCUUGAAAAAAGGAAGAAUCAAGUCAACAGAAAAGUAAAACCCAAAGUCAGGCUUCUCUUGAAAAAGCUGUCUUCUAGUUUUCGUGUGAGUUGUUUGGCGACUGGGUUUUACCCUCGUCACAUCAACCUGACCCUGUUGAGAGAUGGACAGCCUGUAUCUGAUCAUGAUGUCACUGGAGGAGAUCUGCUGCCCAAUGGAGACGGGACGUACCAGAUGAGGAAGAGUCUGCAGAUAAGAGCAGAGGAGAGAGAAAAACACAAAUACACCUGCUCUGCCAAACACCUCAGUCUGGACAACAAACUGGAUGUUAAUUUGGAUUAUCCAGGGGAAAGAUUUGAGCCAGUGCAUUCCAAGGUGAUAGUGGCUUGCGUGGUUGGGUUGGUGUUACUGACCAUAGCUGGCACUAUCAUUGAAUGCAGGAAGAGAAAGCAGUCAGCUUAAUCUACAACCCACUUCCGGAACAUCGAAUGCAUAAUGUCUAUGGGCAAAAUAACAAGGCUGGAC